AUGGAGCCGGACGACGAGGCGCUGAAGGCGGCGCGCGCCCCGCCGCAGCAGCGCCGCGGGAUCUCCUACAGCCAGCCGCUGUCGCGGGACGCCGCGUCCGCGCGCCGCGCCGCGCUGCGCAACCACAGCCUCGACGACGAGCACAUUCUGCCGGCCUCCCACUCCCUCAACUACCCGCUCCACCACGAUCCCUCGGGUAUGGCGCCCAUGGGCUACCACCCCCCGCUCCCGCCCCACCAGCACCACCCCAGCGCGUCCUACUCCUCCAACACCCGACGCUCCGCCGGCGGCGUCAGCGAGGGCUCCAUGACGCUCGAGCGCGCCAUGUCAGAGUACGGCGGCGGCCAAGGCACCCUCCCGGAGUUUGUCGGCGCGGGGGGCGGCAAGGGCAUCUUCCGUGUGCCGCUCCGCGCCGCCAUGCACCCGGGCCGUCCGCCCCCGCUCGAGGUGCGGCCCCACCCGCUCCGCGAGACGCAGGCGGGCUCCUUCCUCCGAUCGCUCGCCGCCGACCCAAAGCGCCGCCAGCUCUGGGCCGGGGCCGAGUCCGGGAUCAGGGUGUGGUCGCUCGACGAGGUGUUCGCCGAGUGGGGCGCGGGCGCGCGCCGCGGCGACGAGGAGAGCGCGCCCUUCCGCGAGGGCAUGCCCGCGCCGCCCGCGCUCUGCGUCGUCGUAGACAGGGCCAACCGCCUGCUGUGGACGGGGCAUAAGGACGGGAGGAUCCGAUCGUGGCGCAUGGACCUCGACGCGGCCGCUACGGCGCCUGCGCCCCCGGCCGCUGGUGCAGGCGGCGACGGCGGGAGCGUUGGGGGAAGUAGUCACGGCGGGGGAAGCAAUAAUGCGCCAGUGUUCAGGGAAGCCCUCACAUGGCAGGCCUAUGGCCGGACGCCCGUGCUCUCCAUGGUCGUCACUUCGUAUGGUGAGAUAUGGUCGGGUUCCGAGGGUGGAAUCAUAAAGGCAUGGCCUUACGAUGCCAUUGCCAAGUCCCUGUCAUUGUCACCAGAAGAGAGACAUAUGGCUGCUUUGUUGGUUGAGAGAGCCUACAUCGACCUGAGGAACCAUUGCACAGUUGGUAACGUUUGCUCGUUGCCCGCUUCUGAUGUUAAGUACAUGCUUGCGGAUCAUUCACGGGCGAAAGUUUGGACCGUGACUAGCAUGACAUUUGCUCUCUGGGAUGCUCGUACAAGGGAGUUGCUGAAAGUAUUUGGGAUGGAUGGCCAAGUUGAGUCAGCAAAGCUAGAGACACCUGUCAUGCCAGAGCAACCUAUGGAGGAAGAGAUCAAUCCUAAUCCUAAAGCAAAACCUUCGAAGAAGGACAAGUCACAAGGUUCUUUGAACUUCUUCCAAAAAUCUAGGAAUGCUUUAAUAGGAGCAGCCGAUGCGGUGCGCAGGGUUGCAACAAAGGGGACAUUUGUCGAAGAUAACCGCAGAACAGGAGCGGUGGCUCAAGUAAUGGAUGGAUCAAUCUGGUCAGGAUGCACGAAUGGCGCCAUUAUUCAGUGGGAUGGAAAUGGGAACAGAGUGCUAGAAUUCCAGCAUCAUACUUCUUCUGUGCAGUGCAUAAAGGCACUUGGAGAAAGGGUGUGGGUGGGAUAUGCCAGUGGCCUGAUUCAAGUCAUGGAUGCUGAAGGUAACAUUAUUGCAGGAUGGACUGGGCAUAGCUGUCCAGUUAUAAGGAUGGCAAUUGGUUGUUCUUACAUUUACACACUGGCACAUCAUGGUGGUAUUCGGGGAUGGCCACUAACUUCUCCUGGACCCCUUGACGAUAUUAUCCGAACUGAAUUGUCUAACAAAGAGUUGUCAUACACUAGAAUGGAGAAGAUAAACAUAAUGGUAGGGAGUUGGAAUGUAGCACAAGGGAAAGCAUCUGCUGAGUCACUAAGAUCAUGGUUGGGUAGUGUAGCAUCUGAUGUUGGGUUGGUUGUUGUUGGAUUACAAGAGGUUGAGAUGGGCGCAGGGUUUCUCGCCAUUUCUGCUGCAAAAGAAACAGUAGGGCUUGAGGGCAGUGCGAAUGGUCAAUGGUGGAUAGACAAUAUUGGCAAAGCGCUUGACGAGGGAACAUCAUUCCACCGAGUUGGUUCUAGGCAGUUGGCUGCAUUGCUUAUUGCUGCAUGGGCAAGAAAGAGCCUUAAACCAUAUGUUGGAGAUGUUGAAGCUGCUGCAGUGCCGUGUGGUCUUGGACGUGCUAUUGGCAAUAAGGGUGGCGUAGGAUUGAGAAUAAGGGUAUAUGAUCGUAAAAUGUGUUUUGUGAGUAAUCACUUUGCUGCACAUCUGGAAGCUGUGAGCAGACGCAAUGCUGACUUUGACCACAUUUAUCGGACAAUGGCUUUCAACAAACCUCAUGGAUCCACAGCUUCUGCUACAUCUGUCCAAUUGCACAGAACAGUGAAUGUCAAUGGAAAUCAGGUUGAAGAAGUAAGGCCUGACCUAGCAGAAGCUGAUAUGAUUGUAUUUCUUGGUGAUUUCAACUACCGCCUUUAUGGUAUCACAUAUGAUGAAGCGAGGGACAUGGUUUCACAAAGAAGCUUCGAUUGGCUAAGAGAGAAGGAUCAGCUUCGUGCAGAAAUGAAAGCUGGAAAGGUAUUCCAAGGAAUGCGUGAAGGAAUAAUCAAAUUUCCUCCAACAUACAAAUUUCAAAAGCACCAACCUGGUCUUGGAGGUUAUGAUUCAGGCGAGAAGAAGCGGAUACCUGCUUGGUGCGAUAGGGUACUAUAUCGUGAUAGCCGUUCUGUAUCAGUAGCUGAAUGCUCAUUAGAGUGCCCUGUAGUUGCUUCAAUCACAUCGUACGUGGCAUGCAUGGAUGUCACAGAGAGUGAUCAUAAACCUGUGAGGUGUACAUUCAGCGUUGAUAUUGCUAGAGUUGAUGAGUUAAUAAGAAGGCAAGAGUAUGGAGAAAUAAUUGAAUCGAAUGAAAAAGUACGCUCUUUGUUCCAAGAUGCUUGUUUUGUUCCAGACACUACAGUUAGCAUAAACGAAAUCAUACUGGAGAAUCAAGAGAAUGUUAUAUUCCAAAUUACGAAUAAAUGUGAAACAAGCAAAGCAGCUUUCGAAAUCCUAUGUGACGGCCAGUCAACCAAGAAGGAGGACGGAACUAAAUCAGAGCUUCUUCCAAGGGCAUCCUUUGGCUUCCCACUUUGGCUCGAGGUCCAACCAGCCGUCGGUCUGAUAAAACCAGGUGAAACGGUGGAAAUUACACUACAUCAUGAAGAUUUUUACACACAGGAAGAGUUUGUAGACGGAAUACCGCAGAACUGGUGGUGCGAAGACACCAGGGACAAGGAAGCCGUUAUCAGAAUAAAUAUAACAGGCAGCAGCUCAACGGAAACCAAGACGCACACCAUCAACGUCCAACAUCGCUGCCCACCAUCAUCGGCGCCACCACCGAUGAUGAACCAACCGGUGGCCGCCGCGCCUCCGAGCAAUGUUCUUGCCAGUGAGGGGCACUCAAAGCGCUCCUCCAAGAAAUGCCAGUCCAAGCACCGGGAACAGCAACAACAGCAGCAGGAUUAUCCGCAGUUUGGGAGCUCGGAGGUACAUGACCUGUGCCGCAUGCGGUGCCCUUGA